UCAGCGUUGCUGCAUAUGUGUACAAUAUAUAUACAUGCACAUAAAUACAUAGCACCAAAGGUGCAUCUUCACUAAUGUAUAGUUCACAGGCAUUAUAUAUAUUUAUGAACAGCUCACAAACUUUUUAUACAUAACUACAUUAUAUGUACAUACCUUGCUUUAUGAAAUGUUCGCAAACAGUAUGCGAAUAAAUACGAGAAUAGAUGAUUUGUAGGAAAUUUGUUUCCCAUACAUAAUUUAUUAUUUUUUAAGUUUCUUGCACGGUGUUACACACUGUGGUUUAGCAUCACACUGAAACACAGAAUCCGGUCUGUAUAUUUUUCUUCAGUGCAUUCAGUAUUUCAUGAAUGUAACCAUGGUAACAAAUGAAAUCAUGAACAAUAUGUUUAGUAUUAUCUUCUGUGUUUUAUUAUUAACCAGAUUUCACAAGGUAUAUUGUGAAGAUUUAGAUAUUGAUACUAAUGGGUAUAUUGUUUACUGUCCAUGUAUGGGAAGAUUUGGAAAUCAAGCAGAUCACUUUCUAGGUGCUUUAGGAUUUGCUAAAGCAAUAAAUCGUACUCUGGUUUUACCACCAUGGGUUGAAUAUAGGACAGGAGAGACUAGAUCUAUACAAGUUCCUUUUGAUACAUAUUUUAAUGUCUCCCAAGUCCAAAGUUGCCAUAAAGCAAUGUUAAUGGAAACUUUUAUGAAAGAUAUUGCUCCAAGAAUAUGGCAACCUAAGGAAAGAGUAUCUUUUUGUUAUUCUGCACGGGGUAAAGGAGACUCGUGUAAUGCUAAAGAGGGAAAUCCAUUUGGACCUUUUUGGGACACUUACAACAUUGAUUUCGUGAAAUCAGAAUUUUAUGGCCCAUUUCACUAUGAUGUUUAUCAUACAGAUAUAGCUAUACAGUGGAAGAAAAAAUAUCCUGCUAUAAGUUGGCCAGUAUUGGCAUUUACUGGUGCACCUGCUAGCUUUCCUAUUCAGCUAGAAAAUAAACAAUUGCAGAAAUGUCUUCAAUGGAAUACAGAAAUGCUUGAUAAAGCAAAAGCAUUUAUAAAACAAACUUUACCAAAAGGGGCUUUCAUAGGAAUUCAUUUACGUAAUGGGAUUGAUUGGGUUCGUGCUUGUGAAUUUAUAUCCAGUACGCCAAAUCUAUUUGCUGCACCUCAAUGUCUUGGUUAUCGAAAUGAAAGAGGGAAAGCAACUUCUGCUAUGUGUCUACCAUCAUUUGAAGUAAUAAUACGUCAUAUUAAACGUGUGAUUCGCAAUGGUAAUGACAUCAAGUCAGUAUUUGUGUCAUCUGAUAAUAAUUAUAUGAUCAAAGAACUUGCAAAAGCUCUGGCACGUACGGAGGUGUUAGUUUUUAAACAGGAAUUACCUGCAUCUCCCCAUUUAGAUUUAGCAAUUCUUGGAAGGGCAAAUUACUUUAUAGGAAACUGUAUCUCUUCUUUCUCAGCUUUUGUUGCAAGAGAAAGAGAAGUAAAGGGAUAUCCUACAUUCUUUUUGGGCUUCCCCACCGAAAGAUCAUCUUCCACUAAUCAUGAAGAAUUGUAGCAAAAAAAGACUUGCAAUUAUUUUGUGAUAUAUUCUUUCUACCGAAGUAUAUUAAGCAGCAGGCAAUAAAGUGAAAUUUAUAUGACUUUGAACUUUUACUACAUAUAAGAAUAAAUAUGCUUGUUAUUUAAAAGCGUAGAACGAAUAUAUAAAUAAAAAUGACAAUUUGGUUGGACGAAA